AUGUCAGCCUACGAGUACAAGCCCUUACGUGAGGGCGAAAUCCGCAUUCUGCUGCUGCUGCCCGGCGACGAAGGCUCACGUCUCGACAUCGGUCUAGAACAUGCUAAGUUAUUGGCGGAUGCGCCCGAUCAAGGCCAUGACGCUCAAUACGAAGCCGUCUCCUACGUGUGGGGCCCGAAGGAGAACAUGCGCGAGGUCUUCAUCGACGGCGCGCCGCUGGAGAUAACGCCGAGCCUCAAUUCGCUGCUGAGGCGACUGCGCAGCACGACGCAGGCCCGAAGGCUCUGGGCCGAUGCGAUUUGCAUCAACCAGCUCGACCUGAUCGAGCAGGCCGCGCAGGUCACCAUGAUGGGGGACAUCUACAAGACGGCCGAGCGUGUCCUCGUCGACCUCGGCGAGGAGACCCAGAACACGGCUGCGGGGCUGGAGCUGAUCAACGCGUUCUGGCGCAAGCACAUCCACCGGGGCAUUCCGACUCCCACCGGCGACCUCUCCGGCGAGACCUUUGCAUACUACCUAGGUGUCACGAUGCCAACCAGAGAGGAGGCGGGAAAGUUCAGGAAUGCCGAGCUGCCGCCUGAUCGCAGCCCAGGUUGGGACCCCGCAGUCGAGAUCUUUGAACGAGAGUGGUUUAGGCGAGUAUGGAUCAUCCAAGAGUUCGUCCUGGCCAGGGAUGUCGUCAUGUUCAUCGGGAAACGACCAGUCGAGUGGACGCAUCUCCUCGCAGCGUCGUUCACCUUCAACGACGGCGUCGGCACGAUGCCGGUCCAGCAAUCAAAGAUACAGUCCUUGAUGUACAUGAUGGUCUGGUCUUGCAUCGGAGUCCUGCGCAGGAUCCGACUGAUGAGCAGUUCCGAGGAGGGCAGACGCUUUCUCGAUUCCGUGACACCACAGUCGCACAUCUGGAAGAAGUUUCAGAAGUGUCGGCUUGUCGACCUUCUGCACUACUUCCAAAUGUGUGAUGCGACGAAGCCAAGAGACAGAUACUUCUCGACCUUUGGGAUGGCUGAUGACGUACGCACCAACGAAAAGGCGCUUGAAGUUGACUACAUCUGCCCCAUCGAGACUAUCAUCACUCGUGUUGCCCGAUUCCUGGUCACCAGGGAGUAUGGCGAGGAGAUGUUCAUGAGGGCGGGACUGCACCGUAUGCCUCGCGAGGGCAUACCGUCGUGGGCUGAGGACGUGACAGUAUCAAAAGGCGCAAUGGCCAUGGUUGAUAGGAGCUUGGAAGACACAUGUGACAAUGCGGCGGGUGGGACAACCUUCGUCGUCGGGCUAUCCCCAAGCCCAGACAAUGUGCUAAAGGUUCUUGCAUUCAAAUUCGAGAGAGUCGGGCGCAAACCCAUCAGGACGCUCGGAGAGUGGAACAUGGCGAGCGGCCCUGAAUCGGUUCUAUAUAUGAGAGAUUGGUUCGGUAAGGCCUUUCGGCUCCUGCUUGAGGAUACACACCCUGGUCAGCUGUAUCCAACUGGAGAGACGGUGUACGACGCAGCCCGCAAAGCCCUCAUAUGUGACCAGGGAGAGUACAAGGAGACGCCACGACAGCUGGAGAUUGGCUUCACAAUGUGGACUUGGGGGGCUGUUUCGCGAAACAGAGAUCUCCCGAGUGCGAUCCAAUGGGCGCUCAUGAGGGCCCAUAAGCUCUUUGGAAUCACCUUUGAGGAGGCCAACUUCUGCUUCACCAAAUAUCUGGAACAUCUGGCAGAGGUCAUCUUUAAAAAGCUGCUGCCAGCAGUGACGAGCCGCGGUUAUUUUGCUCAACUACCGAGCGGUUCGCAGCCUGAAGAUGAGAUAUGGAUUGUCAGAGGCUGUCGACAGCCAAUUAUCCUCUGUCGAAGUCGGGAGAGGAGUGGGAUGUAUCAGCUUGUCGGGAGUUGCUAUGUCCACGGAAUUAUGCAAGGGGAGGCGUUGGAUGGUCGCGAAUUUGAAGAGAUAUUGAUACAUUGA